CGCGCGCGCCGAGGUCGCGGUGGUCUGGGGCUCAGGCCAGCGGGUUCGCGGGACUGCGGGAUCCCGACGCGUCUCGAGUUGGGCAGGGAAGGGCGGCGGGGCGGGAGUUGACCUCGCGCCUUCCGCGCUCGCCUCCCUCGGCUCCGCAGGCGAGCGCGGAGCACGCACCCGGCGCGCGGCCGCGCCUGCGUAAGAGGAUGAGCGGAGCCCCAGCCCGGCCCGAGCCCGGCCCGCCGCGCGCCCCGCGCCGCCGCCGACGUCCCGCGGAGGAGCUGCCGGCCCGGACGGGCGCCACGAAGCACCCAGGCUUUUGGAAGAUGCUCACAGUGGCAGUGUGCAUGGCCCUUCUCAGCUGCCUGCAGGCCCAGGAGCUCCAGGGACAUGUGACCAUAAUCCUGCUGGGAGCAACUGGCGACCUGGCAAAAAAAUACUUAUGGCAGGGACUGUUUAAUCUGUACCUAGAUGAGUCAGUGAAGGGCUACCGUUUUAGCUUUAAUGGAGGUGCCCUGACGCCCACCAAGCAGGGCCAAGAGCACGUGGCCAAAGUCCUGGAGUCCCUCUCCUGCCCCAAGGACGUAGCACCUGAUCGCUGUGCUGAACUCAAGGACCAGUUUCAGCGACUGAGCCAGUACCGCUGCGUGAAGACAAGUGAGGACUAUCUGGCUCUGAGCAAGGACAUUGAGGCACAGGUCCAACACAGUGGCGUCCGGGAGAUUGGCAGAAUCUUCUACUUCUCGGUGCCACCCUUUGCCUAUGUAGACAUUGCCCGCAAUAUCAACAGCAGCUGCCGUCCAGGCCAAGACACCUGGCUGCGGGUUGUCCUUGAGAAGCCCUUUGGCCAUGACCUCCUCUCAGCCCAACAGCUGGCCACACAACUUGGGAGCUUUUUCCGUGAGGAGGAGAUGUACCGAGUGGACCAUUACCUGGGCAAGCAGGUGGUGGCUCAGAUCCUGCCUUUCCGAGACCAGAACCACAGGGCCUUGGAUGGCCUCUGGAACCGGCACCACGUGGAGCGGGUGGAGAUCGUCAUGAAGGAGACAGUGGAUGUAGCAGGCCGCAUCAGCUUCUACGACAGGUAUGGUGUCAUUCGCGAUAUCCUCCAGAACCACCUGACAGAGGUCCUCACCCUCGUGGCCAUGGAGCUGCCCCACAACAUCAGCAGCGUGGAAUCCGUACUGCAGCGCAAGCUUCAGGCCUUCCAGGCACUGCGGGGCCUGCAGAAGGGCAGCGCCGUCCUGGGCCAGUACCAGGCUUACAGCGAGCAAGUGCACAGAGAGCUGCAGAAGCCAGACAGCUUCCGCAGCCUGACACCAACCUUUGCAGGCGUCCUCGUUCACAUGGACAACCUUCGCUGGGAGGGCGUCCCUUUCAUCCUGAUGUCAGGCAAAGCCUUGGACGAGAGAGUGAGCUACAUCCGGGUCCUGUUCAAGAACAGGGCGUAUUGUUCCCAGAAUGAGAAGCACUGGCUCGAGGGCCAGAGCCACUGCCUGCCGCAGCAGAUCAUCUUCAACAUUGGAUACGGCGAGCUGGGCAGCCCCGCUGUGCUGGUCAGCAGGACCCUGUUCAGGCCCUCCCUGCCUGCCGAGAGCUGGAAGGAAGUGGCCAGUCGGCCCGGGCUCCGCCUUUUCGGCCGCCCCAUGUCCGAUUUCUAUGCUUACAGCCCUGUGAGGGAGCAGGAUGCCUACACUGUCCUCAUCUCUCGCAUCUUCCACCACCAGAAGGACUCCUUUGUCACCACGCAGAACCUGCUGGCCUCCUGGGCCUUCUGGUCCCCCUUGCUGGAGAGCCUGGCCAAUGAGGUUCCACGCCUCUACCCAGGGGGAGCUGAGAAUGGGCAACUGCUGGACUUCGAAUUCAGGGACACCCAGUUGUCCUUCUCCCAGCAGCCACUGGAGCAGCUGGUGCCGGGCCCGGGUUCCACGCCAAAGCCCAGUGACUUCCAGGCUCUUGGGGCCAAGUACCGAGACAGCCCACUGAUCUCGGCCUGGCCAGAGGAGCUGGUCGCUAAGCUGGCCAGUGAUAUCGAGGCCACAGCCGUGCGGGCGGUGCAGCGCUCUGGCAAGUUCCACCUGGCACUCUCGGGUGGCUCAAGCCCCGUAGCCCUGUUCCAGGAGCUGGCCACGGGGCACUAUGGCUUCCCCUGGGCCCACACUCACCUGUGGCUGGCAGAUGAGCGCUGUGUCCCGCUCUGGGAUCCUGAGUCAAACUUCCAGGGCCUGCAGGCCCACCUGCUGCAGCACAUCCGGGUGCCCUACUACAACAUCCACCCCAUGCCUGUGCACCUACACCAGCGGCUCUGUGCCGAGGAGGACCAGGGCACUCAGAUCUAUGCCGAGGAGAUCUCCGCCCUGGUAGCCAACAGCAGCUUCGACCUGGUGCUGCUGGGCAUGGGCACCGACGGGCACACAGCCUCCCUCUUCCCACAGUCGCCCAGUGGUCUGGAUGGCGAGCAACUGGUCGUGCUGACCAAGAGCCCAUCCAGGCCACACAAUCGCAUGAGCUUCAGCCUGCCCCUCAUCAACCGGGCCAGGAGGGUGGCGGUCCUGGUCAUGGGCAGGAUGAAGCGCGAGAUCACCACACUGGUGAGCCGCGUGGGCCAUGACCCCCAGAAGUGGCCCAUCUCGGGCGUCCAGCCUAGUUCCGGCCAGCUGGUUUGGUACAUGGACUAUGAGGCGUUCCUGGGGUGAUGAUGCUCUUGGCCUUGCUCAGGGCUGGGCUUCCUCCCACCUGUCUGCUCCCUGCCCAGCCCUGCCCAGCCCCGCCACUCUCCCGCAUGCCCUGGCUCUCCAGAAUCUGAUGCCUCAGGCUCAGGCCCCUGGAGAGGAAAGGACGAGCCCUCCCCAGCCCCUUUGACCAUCCUGCUGGUGUGGCAGGCAGACCCAUGCAUGCAUGUGGAAGUGGAGUCUCUGCUCUGGAGAAGCUUCCAGUCCCGUUAAGCAAGAGAAACAUCUACCCCAAGAGAAGCCCUGCAGCAGUUGCAUCUGAAUGUGACUCAGCACAAAAUAAACAGCCAGAAACUC